GUCACCGGGAGGGUAUCGGCACGCGUAAGUGCGGGGACUGGACGGAGGGUCUGGCCUGGCGGACGCCCGAGGAGGACGGACGAGCCCGGCGGAGGAAGAAAGCGCCGGCCGAGAGGAGAGGAGCGGCCUCGCGGAGCAGCCCUGCCCACCUCAGGCGCGACCUCCGCGGGAGGAGGAGGCGGGAAGAAAAUCCCGCCCGCUCGGGGGCUGCGGAAGAGCCGCCCGCAAACGGGAUGAGCCGGAGCCGAAGGCAGAUACCUGGAGGGAGAAGCCGGGAGAAGGAGGGAAAGGCGGAAACAAGCGGAGCCGCUGAGACGCUUCCGGAGUGCGGAGAGUCCUUCAACACAGACGGAAAACGCGGGAAUCCCCGAGGAAGAAGAACCCGCCAGGGAGAAAAGAAACACCAAUGCACAGAAUGUGAAAAAUCCUUUAAAACAAAUCAGCAGCUUCAAAACCAUCUGAGGACCCACUCAGGAGAAAAACCAUAUCAGUGCCAGGAAUGUGGAAAGAGCUUCAGUGUGAGGGGAAAUCUUUGUAGACAUCAAAUAAUUCACACCGGAGAAAAACCAUAUCAAUGUCUGGAAUGUGGAAAGAGCUUCAAUCUGAGGAGAACACUUGAUAAUCAUCAAAGAAUUCACACAGGAGAAAAACCUUAUCAAUGUGUGGAAUGUGGAAAGAGCUUCCGUCACAAGAGUGGUCUUUAUAUACAUCAAAGAAUCCACUCAGGAGAAAAAUCUUACAGAUGCCUGGAAUGUGAAAAGUGCUUCAAUGUGAGGGGAAAUUUUUAUAAUCAUCAAAGAAUUCACACGGGAGAAAAACCCUACAAAUGCAUGGAGUGUGGAAAGAGCUUUACUCAGGGGGGACACCUCCGUCAACAUCAAAGAAUUCACACGGGAGAAAAACCCUACAAAUGCCUGGAGUGUGCAAAGAGCUUUGCUCAGGAUGGACACCUCCGUCAACAUCAAAAAAUUCACACCGGAGAAAAACCUUAUAAAUGUCUGGAAUGUGAAAAGAGCUUCAAUCAGAUGGACAGUCUUUAUAGACAUCAAAGAACCCACUCAGGAGAAAAAUCUUACAAAUGCCUAGAGUGUGGAAAGAGCUUCAAUAUGAGUGGAAAUUUUUAUAAUCAUCAAAGAAUUCACACUGGAGUAAAACCUUACAAAUGUCUGGAGUGUGGAAAGAGCUUUACUCAUGGUGGAUCCCUCCAUCAACAUCAAAGAAUUCAUAUAGGAGAAAAACCUUACAAGUGCCUGGAGUGUGGAAAGAGUUUUACUCAGGGGACACACCUCUGUAAACAUCAAAGAAUUCACAUAGGAGAAAAACCUUACAAAUGCCUGGAGUGUGGAAAGUGCUUUACUCAGGAUGGACAUCUCCGUGAACAUCAAAGAAUUCACACAGGAGAAAAACCAUAUAAAUGUCUAGAAUGUGGAAAAAACUUUACUCUGAGUGGAUACCUCCGUCAACAUGAAAGAAUUCACACCGGAGAAAAACCAUAUAAAUGCCAAGGUUGUGGAAAGAGCUUCAGUCAGAUGGGCAGUUUUUAUGCACAUCAAAGAAUCCACUCAGUAGAAAAACUCUACAAAUGCCUGGAGUGUGGAAAGAGUUUCAAUGUGAGGGGAAGUCUUUAUAGACAUCAAAGAAUUCACACAGGAGAAAAACCCUUCAAAUGCCUGGUGUGCGGAAAGAGCUUCAAUGUGAAGGGAAAUUUUAAUAACCAUCAAAGAAUUCAUACUGGAGAAAAACCCUACAGAUGCCUGGUGUGUGGAAAGACCUUUACUCAGCUUGGAAACCUCCAUCAUCAUCAAAUAAUUCACACUGGAGAAAAACCCUACAAAUGCCUGGAAUGUGGAAGGAGCUUUACUCGGGAUGGACACCUCCGUCAACAUCAAAGAAUUCACACAAGAGAAAAACCAUAUAAAUGUCUUGAGUGUGGAAACAGCUUCCCUAACAGGAGAAAUCUUUAUAAACAUCAAAGAAACCAUUAGAAUAGUUAAGAAACUUAAAUAUUUGGGAAUAUACUGAACAAAAAAAGCGAUAGUAAAAUGGAAAAUUUUACAAGAAUCUAAAGAAAAUGGAGGGUUUGGACUACCAGAUUGGUUCUUAGAUUACCAAGAAUGAGUGAUAACAUGUCUAAAAGUAUACAUAACCAUCUCAAAUUGUAUGUGUCAACAUGAGCAAGAACUGUAUCAUCAACUCAAAUAUUCCAGGGUAUAGAAACUUCUGAAACAUUUUAGUGUUCUUUCCAUAACUAGUCAGUAAUCACAUUUAACAUUGGUUCAGUUUUACUAUUCUUUUACGGUUGUUAAAUAAAAGGGAGAUUUUACUUUCUCCUUUAUUCUUUUGGUGUCAGGGUUCCAAAUAACAUCCAAAAUUAAAUCAGAGUCCAAGACAAA